AUACUGACAUAGCUCGGCUUCUCUUGCUGGCAAAAUUACAAAGAAAAGAAAAAAAAAACUAGAAUUCCGGCGGGGUUGUAUCAUUCACCGUCCAGUCCAGCACGGCGGCAGUGCGUAUUCGGUUAUUCCGGCCGGUGACAAAGUUCCGAGUCUGAACCUUCCUGUAGUAGCCCCCACCGCCGACGCAUGCCAUCAAAAGUCCCCAAAAAGACUAUGACCUCCACGUGUGCGGUCCCGGACACAAGCGGGCCCACAAACCGUUGAAUUCCAGACGCCACGUCAUCUAACGUGGAAACUAAAAGCCCACGUCUCCAAGCAAAAGGGAAAUCGUUCUGUUAAUCUUCACUUCCGGACAAAUUCCGGCCAAAAUAUGCUGCGAAUCUUCCUUCUCCAUUGGACGGUAUUAAAAAAAAUGCACACCAAAUUUCAUCGAUAAACUAAAAAAGAACAAUGGCAGCCACUAGAUUUUUCCGGCCGAUUCGGCCUUCAGCUUCUGUCGUCUCUUCCUCUGCCUCUCCAUCGCCGGCGACGACGGUGAGGUGUAUGGGCAGAACGGCGUUCAACAACGGCGAACGGGGGUUAACUUCCGGCGACGGCGAGAGAAGGAAGAUGGUCACCGUCAAGGCGGCGGUGGCGGCUCCGGAGACCGUGGACACCAAAACCAGAGAACUGGAUUUGGGUUCGUUGCUGGCGAAUCUUCUCGUUAAAUUGAAGACCGCUGUGGGGAAGACGAAGAUUCAGGACUUCAUCGAAAAGAGCAUAAUCGACUGCCGAUUCUUCACGUUAUUCGCCGUCGCCGGAUCUUUAUUGGGUUCGAUACUCUGCUACCUGGAGGGGAGCUUUAUUGUUGCAGAGUCUUAUCUGCAGUAUUUCCAUGGCCUCUCGCAGAAGUCGGACCAAAAUCAUACGGUGGAGCUUCUAAUUCAAGCCAUAGAUAUGUUCCUCGUCGGAACUGCUCUGUUUGUUUUUGGGGUGGGAUUGUUUGCAAUGUUCGUUGGACCCGAGAAGAUGAAGGAAGAAAACCGCCAUUGGAAUUCUGGAUCCAACUUGUUUGGUCUCUUCUACAUGAAGAAACUUCCGACGUGGGUGGGAAUGGAAUCGGUGUCGGCGGUGAAGUCGAAGAUCGGGCAUGCGGUGGUGAUGAUUCUGCAAGUGGGUGUGUUGGAGAAGUUCAAGAGUAUACCUUUGAACUCUGCCGCCGAUCUCGCUUGUUUCGCCGCCGCCGUUCUGAUCUCUUCCGCCUCCAUCUUUUUCCUCUCUAAACUCAAUACGGGCGGCGGCGGCGGCGGCGGCGAGUGAACCUGCACCAAUGGCGGCGCGUCGUUCUUUGUUGGCUUGUACAAAUAUAUAUAAUCUAGGGGAAGUCUAGGCCGAGGAAAUUAGAGAUUACCAAUUCUUUUAUUAUUAUUAAUUAAAAAAAUGCUUACACAUGAUAGUAUAAGAGUCUCUAGCUCUGGCAAUACGCCAAUACUAUUCUCAAUUUUUUUUUCAGUCUAGUAAAUAAAUUGUUAAAUAUUCAA